AUGAGCAGAGGGCUAGUGUAUGAGCACGAGAUCCGGCAGUCCCAAGUCGGCUAUCACAACGUCAAUAUGAAGAAUUUUGAGGAGAGCCUAGUGAAGCUCUAUGAGCGAGUUCUUAUCUUCCAGGUCUUAAUAUCUGAGCACUAUGAGAAGGGCAGUCUCCAUCGGACAUGGGAUUCCAUCUGGAACUCGGGUGUGGUGUCUGCAUUUGACAAGAAUACCGUUCAGUUGCAGUUGGAUCUCGAACAGGAGGCUGCCGCUAAUUCACGAAUACGUUCGCAGGACGGAUUCAAUACGAUUUUAGAAUCGAACGUGGAGUUAAGGCAGCAACUUCUGAAGCUGAUGCGCCAAAUCGAGGAUGCAAAGAGACGUCAAGACAUUCUGGCGUGGAUAUCAAACAUUCCUUAUGAAGACCAACACGACGAGGCAAAAAAAAAAAAAGUCGUUGCCAAGGGUACGGGAAGAUGGGUUUCCAAGCGACAUGAAUUCGAGUCAUGGCAGAAUUCGAGAAGACGUCGGAUUCUGUGGUCGAAUGGGAUCCCCGGAGCGGGAAAGACCAAAAUUAUGAGCGUCGUAAUAGAGAAGUUCAAAGAGGAAAUAUCCAGUGGCACUGCCCCCGAAGGGCAGUCACGAACAGCAACGGACCGAAUAGCGUUUUUCUACUGCCGUCGAUACGAAGAGUCUCGCAGGGACGGUGUGACGAUCCUCAGAAGCCUCGCAAAGCAGUUGGCAAUAUCCUGUGAUCCGCUUCCCAAAAGCCUCCAACGUCUAUACAAUGUCAAAGGAAAGAUUGGUUCGGCAAGCCGGAUUAUCCAUAUGAAACACGUCCAGAAAAUCCUCAAGAACGUCAUCGAAAUGAAUGGCAAUGUGGUUCUCUGCCUGGAUGCGCUGGAUGAAUGCUCGGAGGAGUCCAAGAAAUCUCUGCUCGAGACAUUAAAGCGAUUACUGAAGUUAUGCCACCGCCUGAAAGUGAUCAUCUCCAGUCGAGAUCAGCGUAUAAUUCAUACGCGGCUGGAGAACUAUCCCACAAUCUCCAUCACGGCGACUGACAACAAGGACGACAUCGACGGCCAACCCAACAUCGAUAUCAACGCAAAGAGGGGGCCGGAUACAGAGGCUUACGAUGGGGCUGCAUUGAUCGCUGCGUGUCGCAUUGGAAACCCUCGAACGGUAAAGUUGCUUUUUGAACAACCUGGGUUACAGGUCAACUUGCAGGCGUCUAAGGGUAGAUACGGCACUGCGCUCAUUGCCGCAUGCGCAAAACACAAAGCUACCAUUGUCCGGAUGCUUGUGGACCAUCUUGAUAUUGAGGUCAAUACUCAGUCGUCUGUUGGUGAUUUUGCCACUGCACUAAUUGCUACAUGUGGCUCCGACGGCGACAACCCCAAAGAAAAACCGCGGAGUAAUACUUCAAAAAGCACCGAGACUCUUGAUAUUCUGCUCAGCACAGCUCUUAUUGAUGUCGAUGCCACGUCCCCCCAUGGUAUCUAUGGAAAUGCCUUGGUUGCUACCUGUCUCGUGAAUGAUGAAGACCGCUUCAAAAAGAUUCUCCCAAGAUUCAUGGAGAAGACCAGUGUCAAAGCCCUGAUCAUGCUCGCCCGAGCCCAACACCCCAUUAUGGAUCAACGUCGCACUGAAGUAUCUCACAACCCUACACUCGGUACCGAAAUCGGGAAAAGGCUGAUCCACAACUGGAAGAUCGAACACGACAGUGACGCGGCCACACAUUUAUUACGAGCUGCCUUGAAAUUGCACAUCCUCGAAAUUGAAACUGACCUUUUCCAGAACAUCAGCUCGGAUUUAUUGGACGUCUUCGUUGAAAGAAUAACGGCUGAUUCUUGGAAGACCACAACUUAUCUUGAUUGGUUGGGAUUCCGAGAACCGUCACGAUUGACCACGCAAUACCUGCAAACGUGGUUUUGGCUUCCCCGGCGAUUGUAG